AUGGGGUUAUUUGGUCUUUUAAUUUAUUCCUGUGUUCGCUUGUGUAAAUGGUUUCAUGCAAGACGUGAAGCGCUUCUUUUGGCAAUGGAAACAAGAAGAAUUAAACGUUCUCGUUCACGUUCAAUUUCUCGUAAAAGCACAGCAGAAAAACCAAAAAAAGAAGAAAAGAAAGAAGAAGAAGAUAUUCCAUUAGAAAAAACCAAAUCCCGUCCAGAACUUUCAAUCGACAUCGAAUCAAAAACUGUUGGCGGCCCUCCACAAAUAAUUUCUGGUGUUCACAUAAACGAAUCAAAAAGUGAAAAUUCUCUGUCAUUAGACUUGGAAUUUCGGCCAACAAAAACUUCAGAAAAGUCAAUUAAAGGAAAUAUUCAAAUGCUUGGAUCUAUGAGGGAUGGAGGAGGAGGGGGAACUUUUAGUGGAAGUGGCUCUUUAGGUUCUCCUUCAAUUGUUGGGGAUGGUGCUCCAGCUGUUGGAUCAUUACGAAUUAAUAUGCCUGCUAGUAGCUCUUUGCGAAAGAAUGAAGGAAGUUUGAAGAAGAAAGAAGAAAUUAGUAGUGGAAGUAAAAAAGAGGGGAAAUAA